AUGAGCGCAAACGCAGCAACUUCCCACGGUUAUGUCGAUCCAAACUUCCCAAAUCCCAACGGCAAACACGAUGUACCAGUCAUCAUCUAUGGCUACACACCGUCCUUCUCCCUCGCCGCAUUCGCCGCAGUCUGGUUCUCACUCAUGCUGGUAAUCCAUCUGGCCCAGACAACCCGUUACAGGAGCUGGUGGUUCUUCCCCUUUUCCGUCGGCCUUUUCUUCGAAAUCGUUGGCUACGUCGCACGCUCUCUCUCGGCGAAGAAGGACCCCUACAACUUGAUCUUCUUCAUCCUCAACUAUUUCUUCAUCGUCACCGCGCCCGUCUUCCUCGCCGCGGGGAUAUACACGAUUCUGUCAGCCCUCAUCUCUCGAGUGGGAUCCAAGUACUCCUCUCUCUCGCCCAAGGUCAUCAUGUGGUUCUUUGUUCUGUCCGACGUCAUAUCAACAAUUACCCAGGUGGCUGGAGCCGCUCUCAUCGGCAGCCAAGAGUCAAAGCACAAAGACCCGACAUUUGCCAACAACAUUCUCUUGGGCGGUCUGGCUUACCAAGUCUUCUCCAUCGGUGUGUUCAUUGUAGUGGCGGGACGUUUCUUGUGGCGUGCCAGACGCGCUCUUCGUCGGCGCGAUCUCGAUACCUUUGCUUUCGUCUUCGCUGCCGUGACGAUUUUGGUGUAUCUGCGAACGGUGUUCAGGCUUGCAGAGACGGCUCAGGGACUGAACGAAUCCAUACAGUCGAAUGAGACUUACUUUGCUUGCUUGGAAUUUGCGCCAGUGGCGGCGGCAGUGCUCCUCUUUGCUGGAUGGCACCCUGGACGAUGCCUGGGCAGUACAGUCAGGGGAAAUAAGGUGACUGACGGAGCGGCACGCAAGAGCUGGGAUAAAGCUUGA